AUGGCUUAUCAAAAACCAUAUUCAAAAUUGAACUUCAUAUCGUUCGCCUUAGCAUGUUUCUUCAAUAUAUCCUUUAUGGUGUUUAUGAGUUCCACUCAAUCAUUCUUUUUAACUGAUAUUUUGGGUAUUUCUUCCAAAAUUGGUGAUUACAUUGGUACUUUGGGAUUUGCUGAUGAGUUAAUGUCAAUUGCUUUGAGUCCAUUCUUGGGGACUUUAAGUGACAAGAUUGGUCCAAAAUAUAUUCUAGUAUUUGGUGUUUUUAGUGUUGGGUUAUCUUUCUUCAUCUUUACCUUAGCACAAAAUGUUUAUCCAGAUCUCUUGUUAAUCAGAUUAUUCUUUGCUAUAGGUGCUACUGCUGCUGGAUCGAUGAUGACAGCUUUAUUGGCAGAACUUUCAGCUUCAGGUUUCCAAUUAAGCUCUUUACUCAACUUCAAGAAUUCAAAUGUUGAAUAUAGUGCUCUAGGUGACGCUUCUGAAGUCUCCAAUACUGAACAAGAACCAUUAGAAGAUUCUGAAGGUAAGGCUAUCAGCAAAAGAAAUGGAAAAUUAACUUCAGUUAUUGGUAUAGCAUCAGGUACAGGUGCUGUAUUUUCAGUUUCUGUUUAUUUACCUUUGCCUACAAGAUUUGGUCAAAUUGAACCACCAGCACCUGCUUUAAAACAUUCAUACUUUGUUGUUGGUGGUAUUGCACUUGCCGCUUCUUUGUUUUUAUCUUGGGGUUUAUUUUCAAAUAAGACUUUUAAAAUUCCAUAUCUAUCAAAAUAUUUAUCACCAUAUGAUGAUGUGUUAGAUGAAAUUGAAAGAGAAGAACAUCAAGUUCAUUUAGAAGAAGAGAAACAUACCUAUUUUGGAUUAAUGAAACUUGGGUUUUUGGAAGCUAAAGAUCCAAAGAUUGCAUUAGGUUAUCUCGGUGGAUUUUUAAGUCGUUCUACUACUGUUGUUGCAGCUGCUUUCAUACCGUUGUAUGUUAACAGAUAUUACUAUGAUAAUGGUUAUUGCUCUCAUAUGGAUAGAUCAAGUUGUAAAGAAGCUUAUGUUCAAGCCGCAAUUCUAGUUGGAAUUUGUCAUACGGUUUCUUUAGUAUUUGCUCCAAUUUUUGGUUAUUUGGCUGAUAAACAUGGUCGUAAAAAUUCAAUGAUCUUAGCUUGUGUUUUAGGACUUGUUGGAUCUUUUGGUUUUGCCUUUUUGAAAAAUCCUAAAUCAGCUACAGCUAUUGUAUUUAGUUGUUUCUUUGGUGCUGGUGAAAUUGGUAGUAUUCUUGUAUCUUUAUCAUUAUGUACAGAUAAGAAAAGAGCUCAUAAUGGAUCAAUCUCUGGUGUUUAUUCACUCAUUGGUGGUAUAGGGAUUUUACUGAUUUCAAAAGCUGGUGGAUUUACUGCUGAUUAUUGGGUUGGUGGUCCAUUCAUUAUUUUGGGCUCUUUCCAAAUUAUAACAAUUCUAUUUUCACUUUACGUUGGUGGUCAUUUUGAUUUCAUUAUAUCAAAAUUUACUUCCAGCGUCAGAUUGGAGCAAUAA